AUGAACAUAGAAAAACGCAAUCAAAUAGACCUUUCCCCUGAAAAUAUAGCCAGCCUACGCUCCAUCAUUGCUCGUGAUAUUGCAAAGAUCCAGGAUGCCCUUUCAGAUAGCUCCCAGAACCCCACCAUCCACCAGCAGCUGGAGCCAAUUGUCAAACAAAACCAGAAGAUCCUACAAAGCCUGGAUACCAUUGAACAUGAAUUUACUGCAAAUGCAAUAGAUACCAUAAGGAGCAGAGGUCAAAAGUACGCGGCUAUAGUACAAUAUGUGUUGAGGAAUCAUCCACAGCUGGAGAGCACAUUGACCUCCAAGUCUCGUGGCACAACGUCGUCCGUAAACCAGGAUGACUCGGAUGCAACAGCUCGUCUCACAGGAGACUUAGGUACCCUUAGUGCCCGUAACUCGGUAGAAGAAUUCGGUGUCAAUCUGUCGAUAAUGAACAAGGCUUCCCUAUUACCAGAGGAUAAAUUGCUGCACAAUCCUCCCACACAAGAUGCAGAACAAUCUAGACCUUUUUUAGGGAGUGUAGACUCUAUUCGUUCCUUUGCGACUAACUAUCCUGCUAAAGUGGCCGAUAAAGCCGGUCACGGAGGCAUCGUGGCCGCUUCCUUGAGCUCUCUUCACGCGCCAGGCGCUUCAGCAAAUAACAGGCUGCAAGAUCUUAUCAAUAGCGAUGUUACCCUAUUUAACCUAGCCACUCUAGCAAAUGCAGAGCCCAACCCUAACGAAUGGUCAUCCAUAGAGCAAUCUCCUGUCUACUUUAUUCAUGGACAUAAAGCUCGAGACAGCUCGAUCGCUAUCAAAGCGGACUCGUACCAAGCCUUUAGUCCAGGUUCUAAGCCUCCCUUGCCAUCCAUCUAUACACCACAGGGAGAGUUAAUAGACCCCUGUCCACAUCACUCGCGGCAAAUUCUCUAUGAACUAGCCAAGAGGUAUAAGGCACAGGCUGAAGAGCUGGCCGCCAAAGCUGGUUCCAAACUUCAGCCUGGUGUUGCGGAUGCUAGAAUGGCCACUCUUGCAGAGGAGAAUUCUGCUUUAAAAGUAAGUCUCCAUUCAGCGCUUAACGAGCUCUCAGAAAUCAAACAGAAGCUUAUGCAUCAAGUGCAGGGCAGCUUAAACCAAGAAGGCCCUCUGACCACUGAAAACAUUUCUCUCAAAGAGACCAUUGCUCGCAAAAACUCAGAGUUAAUCAAGCAGGGACAGGAGCUUAAAGAGACGCGCAACACUGCCGACGAUCUUCAGAAGACUAAGCAGCACCUAACCCAGCUCACUGAUGUCUUGCUCGAAGAGCGGAAGCUUCUCCAGGACGAAAUACUAAGUCUUAAGCCAGGAGGAAAGAGCGCCAAUAGUACCAAGGAAAUAGAGUCUAUGUGCAAACAUGUUGCUGCAUUAGAAAAGCAAUUGCAUAGCGAGGUUAAGGUCAUUAAUGUGGAUUUAUCAGAGCAGCUCUCUGCAAAGCUAAAGGAUACCAUUUUGAUUUAUGAGCAAAUGCUGACGAAAACAAAGCAAAGAGCGGUGGGAAAGCCUCGUACACCAGACCAGCGCAAUCAAUCUGCAACCACUAGCAUGCAAGCCUUUAGUCCUUUCGGCAAUUUGGGAACCACAAACACAGGUCCUAACAGUCCAUAUAAUCCAUCGUUUACUGAAGGUGGAGCUCAGCGCCACCAAACCAGCACAUUAACGCACAGCUUGGCAUACGACUCUCAUCAUGAAGACGCUGAGCAGCUUAGAUCGUCAUCACGCCCGGGAUCUGCUCGAUCUCGACAGAGCAUUCGCUCCACUUCCUCUCGCGCAUCUAGUGGACGAAGAUCUGUUGCAAGGGGUGCAUCAUCUGGGUCCAGAGGUAUAAGCCCAGAAGUCUUGACCUAUGAGGUUGUCAAGGUGCUAACAGAGCUUGGGCCACGAGCUCCGUCACUCCAGCGUAUCGGCCCUCGAGAGUGGAUUGUUGAAAAGAACGGCGCAGUAAUAUCUGUUAAUCUAGGUCACACUGGGACAGUUGUUGUUGAGUCAGAAGGUGGAGUACCUCUUGUUCAGUUUCUAAAGCGUCUCCAAGACCCACCAACGCGUACAACAACACCCCGGCGAAUGAAGUCCCCAGGGAAAAUGGCCAAAGACGAUGACCAAUCAAUUGGGCGACGGUCCCCAGCUCUGGAUACUUCCGGGCUCGCUAUGUUUAGUGCUGCUAGGCGCAUGAUGACACACCAAGUAAAGUAA